ACAACAAAAAUCGCACAACGUUUGACAGUUCGUAAAGGAAAAAGAAGCGCGCUCAAAAAGUAAACAAACCGCUCUUGUCAAACUGGCUUCACUCGAAGCAGGGGCAAGCUUGUUGUCCGUACGAAUUGGUAAAGUUGUGUUUAAAAUUCUAUUGGUCUCAUUUUACGUGCGGCUUUCUGUCCGGGAGUAAAAUGCAGUUGAAUACAAUGGCAAGACUGCUGUACAGUCCACGGUUACUACUGUCCUCAUGGCAAACGGGACCGCUUGCGUCGGCACCAACUGCCGGAUUACACAGCACCACUUCCCUGAACGUCGCCGCCAGUACCCCGGUAAAGCCCAAACGUCCGAUGAACGCUUACAUAAGGUUUGCGCAAGGCAUCCGUUCCUCGCUGGCCAGUGCAAAUCCCAAAGCAUCGCCGACCGAUAUAUCGAAACUAGCUGCCGUCCAGUGGCAGUCGCUUGAUCAAGCAUCGAAAGCCAAAUAUGAGGAGGAGUACAAACGGGAGCAGGCCGUUUGGCUGCAGAAGAAUGCCAAAUAUCUCAGCCAGCUGACCGACGCACAGAAGGAAGAGAUCAAGCUCGAACGGCAGCAGCGUAACGAGGGAAAAGCUAAACGCGAACAGAAGCGCCUGCUCAAAGAACUGGGUCGCCCGAAGCGUCCAAUGAACGCUUAUCUGCGGUUCUGUGCGGAGAACAAACCAGUGGUUGGCCUAUCGAAGGAGGACAAUAAAAUGCAGAUGAAAAAUCUUGGCAUGCAGUGGAGACGGUUGCCGGACGCGGAAAGGGACCGGUACACCAAGGAGGCGGAGGCGGACAUGAAGCGUUACCAGGAGGAAAUGAAGAAAUGGGAAGACAAAAUGUUGGCAUCGGAAAAUGUGGAAGCGGUACGGAAGAAGAACGUGCUGUUGCCACCCUCGCCAGCAUCUACCAUGGCGAAGAAGGGUGGCAUGCCGGUUGUUGGAAGUGGUGGUUCGGUGCCGAAGCCGAAAAAACCAUCCCCAACCACAGGCCGUCCAUAGGAACUCGGGUGUCCCGCUUUGACUGGGGAAGGCAUUGGUGGUAGUAGUAGUAGUAGCAGCAGCAGCGACCACAAGCCUGCAUUCAAUGAACGUCCAAGCACGGUGGAGAGCUUGGACGAACCAAAGCGAAACAGUUUAUUGCCAGACCAAAAUCAUCCCCAGAGCAAGGGCAGGGACACGAGUGAACGAUCAGUACCAUCGUCGUCGUCGUCGCCGGCUUCCACAGGAGAAUCACCACCACCGGGACAGCAGAAGGGUAUUGUGAACAAGUUGAAAUCCAUCUUUAAGUUCUGACAAUGGCUGCAGUGCAUGGAGGACAGGGCCUUGUUGCUGGCCGUGUCGUACUGGUUUUACGUGUGCCCAUGUUAAACCGAUCCAUGUUUCAAAUUGCAUUUUGAGUUUUUUUGUUGUGAUUUAUAUUUUGCUAUGAACUUAAUAUUCAACCUGUAUUUGUAUUUGCCAUUGUAUCAGCUCAUCCCGCAUUUGGAUGGAAAUCACCUUAACAAUUUAAAGUAGACGCCAUAAAGCUAACGCGAUUAGUCAACGAGGAAAAAAGAUUGUUGAGUUGAGUGUUUUUCGCUUCCGAAAUAACUUUCCGCUAGCGUUUUUUUUCUUUGGCAUUUGUUUGCAUUUCGGAAAUUUUGCCUAACUAAUAAGCUGUGUAAUGCACUGUGUAAUAGAAUGUUGUGUGUACGAAGCAACAAGCACAAACGUCUUUUAUUUUUAUACACCCCUUCUUUACCAUUACCUCUCUCUCUCCCAACCUCUUUUCAGUUUUUACACUUGCCAUUGCCGGUAUGCUUCUGCCAGACUGGGAGCAGUUUUUUGACGAGAUAAAAUGGUAGUAAUAAAAAAAAUCCUUGCUAGUUUUA